GUUUUCUUAGGUUGGUACAAUGUGUUUUUAAAUUAUAAUUUCAAACUUGUUAAUUUCUCAUAACUUUAAACUUUGCAAAUUUCAAACUUUUACCAACUCUUUGUUGGUAAGUUAGUUAUAGUACUAGGUAUUUAAAAUAAUUUGUAGAAAUGAAUUUUAUACAAAAGUAUUUUGAGAAUCUACAAAUUUCGAAAAUCGCCACCCCGGUUGCAAAUGGCUAUAAAACAAACAUAUUUCUUUAUUGCAACUACUACAGCUUUUACUCGCAAAAGGUUUUAAUGGCACUUUACGAAAAAAAUAUAGAAUUUGAGCCAUUGCUUAUGGACAUAACAAAAGGAGAACAGUAUUCAUCAUGUUUUUUAGAAGUCAAUCCUCGAGGAGAAAUUCCAGUGCUCAAAGUUAACAAUUCAAUUAUACCUGACUCAACAAGAAUUUUAGACUUCUUGGAAUUUCAUCUUAAUCAAGAAACACCUCCUUUGAUAAAUGUAUCAUCAGACAGCAAGGUAUUAAGCAAUAUAAACAAGUUUCGUGAAAUGAUUGAAGCCUUGCCUGCAGGCCUAAUAACUGUUGGAUCAUUUUUUCAUCCAAAUUUAUGUGGCAGUCCAAAGUUACCAUUUAUCUUACCAGUCAGAGAAGUACUUAAAAGUGGAGAUUUAUCAGGUUCCAAAAAUUUGCGUAAACUAGCAAAAGAAAAUCCUAAAGCUGAGAGGGAAUUGCUAUACAAAGCAGAAAUUCAAGAUAGAAAACACGAAAUAUUAUCGAACGAAGAAGAGUAUUUAAAAGUCUUAAACAUAGUUGAUGAAGUUUUAUCACAAGUAGAACAGCAGCUUACAAAACAAAGUGAAGGUAAUUGGCUGUGCUGUGAACAGUUUAGUAUAGCUGAUAUCAGUUUAGGGGUAUUGUUACAACGUCUUUGGGAAUUGGGUCUAGAGGAAAGAUUCUGGUCGGGUGGCAAACGCCCGCAUAUCGAGAACUACUAUAAUCGAAUCAAAGAACGUGAAUCAUUCAAAAAGACAAUACCAAGUCUACCAAUGCACAUGAAAAUGAUAAUAACAUCACAACCUCCAGCAUAUGUUGGUGCCGCAGGAGCUGUGUCUGUUGGUGUAGUCAUUGCAUUGGCCUAUAUUUUCAAGAAGAUCAUUCAUUAGAAAAUCCCAAAAUACUUGCAGAUGGUAGAGGCAGUGUUUUAGUAGCACAAUCUUGAAUAUGUAGGAAUCUUAAUCAAUUAUUUCUUCAUAGAACUUUAUUAUGUGAUAUAACAAUCAGUAUUAACAAUAUUUUAUUGUAAAUUCAAGUAAUAAUGGUGAAAAAUAAUGUAAAUAAAUUUGUCCCCUUACUGAGUUUGAAGAAGUAGCCUGAAUUUGUUCAAGCUUAAUAUUAUUUUCACUGUUAAUUAUUGAAUAAAAAUAUAAUAAAUAUAUUUACAAUUAAUGUAUUAUUAAUGUAAUAUGAGAUUUUAAUAUAAUAUAUG